GCCGCGCCCGCCCGGCCGGCGCCUCCGCUUCCAGCCAAGAUGGCGGAGAGCGGCGAGGCUCUGGGCACGGUCCCGGAGCACGAGCGGAUCUUGCAGGAGAUCGAAAGCACCGACACCGCCUGCGUAGGGCCCACCCUCCGGUCUGUGUAUGAUGAUCAACCAAAUGCACACAAGAAGUUUAUGGAGAAGCUGGAGGCUUGUAUCCGCAACCAUGACAAGGAAAUUGAAAAGAUGUGUAACUUUCAUCAUCAGGGCUUUGUAGAUGCUAUUACGGAACUCCUUAAAGUAAGGGCUGAUGCAGAAAAACUGAAGGUGCAAGUUACUGACACCAACCGAAGGUUUCAAGAUGCUAGAAAAGAGGUGAUAGUACAAACAGAAGAUAUUAUUCGAUGUAGAAUUCAGCAGAGAAAUAUUACAACCGUAGUAGAGAAAUUGCAGUUAUGCCUCCCAGUGCUGGAAAUGUACAGUAAGCUGAAAGAACAGAUGAGCAUGAAAAGGUAUUAUUCUGCACUUAAAACAAUGGAACAGUUAGAGAACGUGUACUUUCCCCGGGUCAGUCAGUACCGUUUCUGUCAGCUGAUGAUAGACACGCUUCCUAAACUCCGGGAAGAUAUCAAAGAAAUCUCCAUGUCCGAUCUCAAGGACUUUCUGGAAAGCAUUCGAAAGCAUUCUGACAAAAUAGGUGAAACAGCCAUGAAGCAGGUCUUAACUGUUCAAGAUCUCGUUGAUUUUUCCCCUGUUUACCGAUGCUUACACAUUUAUUCUGCUUUGGGUGAUGAAGAAACAUUUGAAAAUUACUACCGGAAGCAAAGGAAGAAGCAAGCUCGCCUGGUUCUGCAGCCGCAGUCGAGUGUGCAUGAAACAGUUGAUGGCUAUAGAAGAUAUUUCACUCAAAUUGUAGGGUUCUUUGUGGUGGAAGAUCACAUUUUACAUGUGACCCAAGGAUUAGUAACCAGGGCAUACACUGAUGAACUUUGGAACAUGGCCCUCUCAAAGAUAAUUGCUGUCCUUAGAGCUCACUCAUCUUACUGCACUGAUCCUGACCUUGUUCUGGAGUUGAAGAAUCUCAUCGUCGUUUUUGCAGAUACUUUGCAGGGUUAUGGUUUUCCAGUCAACCGGCUUUUUGACCUUUUGUUUGAAAUAAGAGAUCAAUACAAUGAAACACUGCUUAAGAAAUGGGCUGGUAUUUUCAGGGACAUUUUUGAGGAAGAUAAUUACAGCCCCAUCCCUAUUGGCAGUGAAGAAGAAUACAAAGUAGUCAUCAGUAAAUUUCCCUUUCAAGAUCCAGAACUUGAAAAGCAAUCUUUCCCAAAGAAGUUUCCCAUGUCCCAGUCAGUGCCUCUUAUUUAUAUUCAAGUUAAAGAAUUUAUUUAUGCCAGCCUUAAAUUUUCGGAGUCACUACACCGAAGCUCAACAGAAAUAGAUGAUAUGCUUAGGAAAUCAGCAAAUCUGCUGCUGACCAGAAUUCUGAGUAGCUGUUUACUGAGCCUUAUUAGAAAACCUCAUAUAGGUUUGACAGAGUUGGUGCAAAUCAUCAUAAACACAACACACCUGGAACAAGCUUGCAAAUACCUGGAGGACUUCAUGACUAACAUUACAAAUAUUUCUCAAGAAACAGUUCACACCACAAGACUUUAUGGACUUUCUACUUUUAAGGAUGCUCGACAUGCAGCAGAAGGAGAAAUAUAUACCAAACUCAAUCAAAAAAUUGAUGAAUUUGUUCAGCUGGCUGAUUAUGACUGGACAAUGGCUGAGUCGGAUGGAAGAGCAAGUGGUUAUUUAAUGGACCUUAUUAAUUUUUUGAGAAGCAUCUUUCAAGUGUUUACUCAUUUGCCUGGGAAAGUUGCCCAAACAGCUUGCAUGUCAGCCUGCCAACAUCUGUCAACAUCCUUAAUGCAGAUGCUACUGGACAGCGAGUUAAAACAGAUAAGCAUGGGAGCCGUCCAGCAGUUUAACUUAGAUGUCAUACAGUGUGAAUUGUUUGCCAGCUCUGAGCCUGUGCCGGGAUUUCAAGGGGACACCCUCCAACUGGCAUUCAUUGACCUCAGACAACUCCUUGACUUGUUUAUGGUUUGGGACUGGUCCACUUACCUAGCUGACUAUGGACAGCCAGCUUCAAAGUACCUUCGUGUGAAUCCACACACGGCCCUUACUCUUUUGGAGAAGGUGAAGGACACCAGCAAGAAGAAUAAUAUAUUCGCCCAGUUCCGGAAGAACGACCGAGACAGGCAGAAGCUGAUCGAGACGGUCGUGAAGCAGCUCAGAGGCUUGGUGACGGGUAUGUCCCAGCACAUGUAGCCACUUCAGGUCCAUGGCUGAGUGCUUCUCCGCGGCCAGCACUGGGCAUGAGACAGUUUACAGAAGUCAAAAAAUACAGUAGAGGAAUACACUGGUGAGGGCUGAGCAGGUCCUGGUAACAAACAUCAUUUGUAUGGAUUUUUAAAUAAUUGAAUACUAUUUUAUAUAUAAAAAUGUAAGAUUAAUUUUUCAAUUUUAAAGGAAAAGUCAAAGUGUAAUAUAUAAAUCCAAUAAAUUGUACAUGAAACUGAUUGUAAAUAUUAGAAAAACUUGUGUCUCUGCUUGUAAGUAUUUUUUUUAAGCUUGAAAGAGCUCCUCUUAUGUCAUUAUAGUUUGGGAUGCAGGCGCUGCUGAGAAGGGACUAUUUGGCUGUCAUUGUUGGACUUUUAGCUUUUAUUUUCACCUCAGUUUAACUCAUGUGCCUAAAAUGCUUAGUUCUGCCCAUUCUGAGGAGGAAAUAUACAAAUCCUGAAAGUUCCUGAACUCAAACACGGUUCACCAGGAAUGUCCAUGACUUGUUCUACUUGGCUAGUUUAAUCAUUCUGAACAUGAAGAGUCUUGGAUUAUGAAGGGUUUGAAUUUCCUAAAGAUGUAGUAUCUCUUAUGGCUGGCCCCAGUUUUAAAGUUUUAGUGUGGUUUAAGUUAAAAUGAAAGCAGUUAAAGGGACUGUUUGCGUCAGGUGUAGCUCUGCUAGUGUAGACAUGUUCUUCCUACAGAAGGAAGUUCCAACGGGGUUCAGGUGAAUGCUCUUCUGAUAGUAGAUCUCAGUGCUGUGUGCUGUGGAAACAAACCAGGUCAACUGAACUCUGAACCCUACAGCAAAUGUGCAUUUUCCUUCGGCUAAAUCACAGUGACACAGCUGGCCGUGUAACCCUGACCUCGGUUUACUCUCCAUUGGAAUUAUGCUGAAAUAUCCCCUUUGCAUUUUCCAGAUUUUUGCUUGUAGACUACCUGACUCUGUAAAAUAAGUAUGAAGAGCUGUGCUUACAUGUCUGGACUUUGUGAUAAAACAUUAAAAAGGUUGAGUUGUUGAA